AUGCUGCCCUUAAGCCUUCAAAUGUUUUCCAUAUGUUUCCAGCUGCUAAUCCUUUCCUGUCAAACCCAGGGGGAGAAUCAAUCGUCUCCUAAUUUUAACCAGUACGUGAGGGACCAGGGCGCCAUAACAGACCAGCUGAGUCGGAGGCAGAUCAGGGAGUACCAGCUGUACAGCCGGACCAGUGGGAAGCAUGUCCAGGUGAAUGGCAAAAGGAUCAUUGCCACAGCUGAAGAUGGCAACAAAUUUGCAAAGCUCAUUGUUGAAACAGACACAUUUGGGAGCCGAGUUCGCAUCAAAGGAGCUGAGAGCGAAACGUACAUCUGCAUAAACAAGAAGGGGAAGCUCGUUGGCAAAAUUAAUGGUGAGAGCAAGGACUGCGUCUUCACAGAGAUCGUUCUGGAGAACAACUACACUGCUUUCCAGAACGCCCGUCACAAAGGCUGGUGCAUGGCAUUCACUCGCAAAGGCCAUCCCCGCAAGGCCUCCCGGAGCCGGCAGAACCAGCGUGAGGCACACUUCAUCAAGCGCCUCUACCAGGGCCAGUUGCCAUUCCCCAACAAUCCCCAACGGCAGAAGCAGUUUGAGUUUGUGAGUUCUUCCUCCCCAACUCGCAGGACAAAGCGCCCACACACACAAGCUUAA